UCGCGGGGGGCAUCAGGCAGGCCUCAGCCUCUGAACUCUGGCUGGCCCAGAGAAGUCAACCCCCUCCCCCUGCCAGGCUCCCGCUGGCCCUUGCUCCCGUGGGUGACCUUUCUGCCCCUGGGCCCCCAGUCUGGGCUGAGGAAUGGUGUGCUGAGGUCCCCCUGGAACUGAUCGUCUCAGUCUGGAGCUGGAGCAACCCAAGGCCCGAGCCGACAUGGCCAAUCCUGUGCAGCCUCAGUUUCCCCCAGCCCGGGAGCCAGGCACUGCCUCGCCCACAGACCUGCCGGAGAUGGAGAAGCUCCUCACUAAGGUGGAAGGCAAGCACGACAAGCCACUGAAGCUGUCCAAGUCCCUCUCGGGGGCCUUGGACCUGGAGCAGAAUGGCCAUGGCCUGCCCUUCAAGGUGGUGUCCGAGGGGCACCAGGAAGCCACACUCCCCUGGUCACCCUCUCGAGCCAGCUCUAGGCGGGCAUCCUCCGUUGUCACCGCCUCCUCUGCCCAGGACCAAGAAGUCCCCAGAGAUUACCUCAUCCUUGCCAUCACCUCCUGCUUCUGCCCCGUCUGGCCCCUCAACCUCAUCCCCCUCAUCUUUUCUAUCAUGUCUCGAAGUAGUGUGCAACAGGGGGACCUGGACGGGGCCCGGAGGCUGGGCCGCCUGGCCCGGCUGCUCAGCAUCACCUUCAUCAUCAUGGGAAUCAUCAUCAUCAUUGUGGCCGUGACCGUCAAUUUCGCAGCGACCCCGUCCCUGGGAGUGCCCAGCAGAGUGGGACUGGCUUCCAACCUCCCUUAUGCCUGGAUCAUUAGGAAAGGGGGUGGAAAGAGCACAGGUCUGGGAACCAGAGGUGGCAGGCUUCAGUCUCGGUUCCGAGGGUCCCGGGUCCUGGGCCAGUGUGGUGCCUGGUUGAGCCUGCGAUUGUCACCCAAGAUCAUGGAUGCAAUGCUGCUUGGUGAAUGCUGGGCCUGCCCUGCGAGCAUUCCUGCUGGGGCGGCCAGCACAUACGAGAAUUCAGAAGAAAUAGAACUAACCAGGGUGCUGUGCUGGCAGGGACGGCCCCCGCCGGCUAGAGGCCUCCACACACCCCCACCACCGCAGGAGGGCAGGACCACGGCUGCCAAGCGCCCACUCUUCCCUGAGCUCCCGAAGCACGGACUUGGAGUCAAGCCCCUAAGUCUCCCCACUGUCAGCCCACAUCAGAUGUGA